GAGGGAUGGAAAGAGAGAGAGAUUGUGCAGAGGGCCAAAUGAGAGAGUCUGUCCACCGGAGCAUAUCUAGGAGGAGGAGGGUGAGAAACAGAGUGUGUGGGUCAACUAAUACCUAGCAGACCGACUGAAUUUAACUGUCGAUCAGCCAAAUAGAAGGAGGGCUUGGUAACUACUGCUUAGAGAACACACUUCAGUUCUGGGACUAUUCCGGACUAUAUUUGGCGUACCAUCAUCGCUGACUGUGCUCCCAGAGACCCAGAGGAGAAACAGGGAGAAGUGACUGGUGGUUGAAGCCUCCAGGAUGUCUCGGAACAUCGCCAGGCUGGCUCUGCUAUUCCUGCUGGUUCUCAGCCCUGUCCACCUGGAGGCCUGGUUCUGGUCCCAGAAUGCGGGGCCAACUCAGGCACCCACAGAAGAGCCAGAGGCUGGAGGAAGAGGAGAAGAUGAGAACCUGGCUGGAGUCGGGGCUGAGAUCAUCAACGUGGCCAGCGGCAUCAGUAAGUUUGUGCAGGCAUGGGAUGAAAACCCAGAACCAGUGGGUGCUGACGAACGACUAGGAGGGACGGACCCGACCACACCAGGAAGCAGGCAGGAUACGGAGGAGAGUGGCGUGUCGCUGCUUCAGCUGAUUGGCGACCCGCCCCCUGAUCAAAUCAGCAGGAUCUAUGGCCCAGGUGGUCUCCCGGCAUAUGUGUUCGGCCAUGACGCCGCGGCAGGCCAACUCGCCUUGGCCCACUUCUCCAGCCCCUUCUACCGCCACUUCUCGCUGCUCUUCCACGUGAAGCCCGACACCGCCAAGCCCGCCGUGUUGUUCUCCAUCACAGACCAUUUACAGAAGUUCAUGUACGUGGGCGUGAAGCUAAGCACCGUGGAGAGGGGCAGGCAGAAGCUGCUGUUCUUCUACACCGAGCCUGACUCUGACGCCUCGUACCAGGCUGCCAGCUUCGACCUGCCCCCCCUGGAGGGCGUCUGGACCCGGUUCUCAUUGGCUGUCACUGACGACCAAGUGUCCUUCUACGUGGGCUGCGAUGCGACACCCCAGGUGGUGAAGUUUGAGCGCUCACCUGACGACAUGGAGCUGGACGGGAAGGCAGGCGUCUUUGUGGGUCAGGCUGGUGGGGCCGACCCUGACAAGUUCCUGGGAGAAAUAGCUGACUUGAAAGUUGUGGGGAACCCCUCAGCAGCUGAAAGACUCUGUGAAGACGACGACGAUUCUGAUGCUGCCUCUGGAGACUAUGGUAGUGGAGCAGGAGAUGGAUCAAAGACUGACCAAACAAAGGUCACUUCUUCAUCCCCCAAGCCUGUCCCAGAGCCCCCUCUGACAUCAUCAAAGGGAGCCCGGGUCACAGAGACAGCUGGCCGGAACCGUCAGCCUUCAGUAGAGUCCAGAACCACAUCCCCAGGUCCCCAAGGUCCCUCUGGUGGGAGGGGGGAGAAGGGGGACAGAGGAGAGAAGGGAGGCAAAGGGGACCAGGGCCCCCCGGGGCCGAAGGGUGACUCAGGGACACGUUUCAGCUCUGGAUCUGGCUCCUUAUCUCAGGGAGGAGGAGGAGGAGAACGAGGAGAAAAGGGAGACAGAGGGAUUAAGGGAGCCUCAGGGUUUGGAUACCCUGGAAACAAGGGUGAUCGUGGCUCCCCAGGUUCCCCCGGCCCCCCUGGGCCCCCAGGCCCAGCCGCCCAGGUAGUGAGGCUGGGGGAUGGGUCAGUGGUUCAGCCGAUAUCCGGGCCCCAAGGGCCGAUGGGACCGCCAGGGGUGGAGGGAACACAAGGACCGCCUGGACCAGAGGGAGAAGCAGGUGACCCAGGAGAAGAUGGGAAAACAGGCCCAGCUGGACCGAGAGGUUUCCCAGGAACACCAGGAAUCCCUGGAAUCAAAGGACCCAAGGGAGAUCGUGGGGAGGGUCACCCAGGCCUCCGCGGGCCCCCCGGUCCACCUGGCCCCCCAGGACCCGCCACAGGAGAUCACCCUACAUUUGUGGACAUGGAAGGUUCUGGGUUCCCUGAUCUGGAGAGGUUUAGGGGUUCUCCUGGUCUUCCUGGCCCCCCUGGCCCCCCAGGCGGACCGUGUUUAAGCACAGGUGCCCCGGGACUCAAUGGACAGGUUGCCUUUGGCCCCUCCGGUCCACCGGGACAGGAUGGGGUCCCAGGGAGACCGGGUUCCCCAGGGCCACCAGGUAGACCUGGUGCUCCUGGACCAAGAGGAGAGAGGGGAGAGUCUGGUAUUGGCCUGCCAGGGGCGGUGGGAGCGAAGCAAAGCUCCUACUCUGCCAGCGACUUUUUCUCCGGUUUGGUGUCUUACUUUAGCCCCUCCUCAUCCUCCGGUGAUGGGUACCAGGGUUCUCAAGGCAGUUCUGGUGUGGAAGGUACCCCAGGGGUGGGAGGCCGAGCUGGGCUACCUGGACCUAUGGGGCCUGUUGGACCUCCAGGGCCCCCGGGACCCCCUGGACCAUCUUACCGUGUGGGCACUCACGACAUGGAAGGUUCCAGUGUGGUCAGUGGUGUUCAAGGAGUGAUCGGAAUACCAGGACCCCAGGGUCCGCCUGGUGUUGCUGGUCUGCCGGGAAGACCUGGAUUCCCAGGGAUUUCAGGGGAGAAGGGAAGUGAAGGACCUCGAGGCCGGGACGGGACUCCUGGAUUAGAUGGAUUCCCAGGAAAAUGGGGCGAAAAGGGAGAAAGGGGAGUGAAAGGGAAUGUGGGUUUGCCUGGACGGGCGGGAGGACCUCCUGGGCCCCCUGGAUCCCCUGGCCCCCCAGGAGAGAUCAUCUACAGAACCUCAGACAGUGAUGGAGUUGGUGUCCCUGGCAGAGCAGGUUUCCCAGGGCCCAUGGGACCCAAGGGAGACAGAGGGGAGCCAGGACAGCCUGGUUAUGAUUCUAAGGGCCAGAAGGGGGAGCCUGGUGUGAUCCUGGACAGUAAUGGAAUACCCCGCUAUCUUGGGGGAACCGGAGGAGAACGGGGAGAGAGUGGCCCCCCUGGACCUGAAGGACCUCCUGGUUUGCCUGGUACUAAUGGACUAAAGGGAGAGAUAGGAAUUCCUGGCCGACCAGGUCGUCCGGGACUCAAUGGUGACAGGGGAGAGAAAGGCGACUCAGGUUCAGGUACAGGAUACGGUUACCCAGGUCUUCCUGGCCCCCCAGGCCCCCCUGGCCCCCCUGGUCCUGCUGUGUCUGCAGAAGGGAGGUAUGGUGAUAUUUCACAGUAUUAUCCCGCCUCUAAAGGAGACAAAGGAGACAGAGGAAAUCCAGGAAUACCUGGGACACCAGGACUUACCUCCAACUUUGACAUCUACACCUUCAAGAACGAGAUGAAGGGGGAGAUGGGCAUGAAGGGGGAGAAGGGGGAGACAGGCGGGGGAGGGGGCUACUAUGACCCUCGCUAUGGCUACAGUGGAGGACAGGGAUCUCCAGGACCACCGGGCCCCAAGGGAGAGUCAGUCAGCGGGCCUCCAGGUCCCCAGGGCCCUCCAGGUGUCCCAGGGAGAGGCUAUGAAGGGCAGCCUGGGAUCCCUGGACUACCUGGACCCCCAGGUCCUCCAGGAUCAGCUCUGCCUGGGGCCUACAGACCCUCACAGACCAUUAGUAUCCCAGGUCCCCCAGGGCCUCCUGGCCCUCCUGGGAACCCUGGCUCCACUAAUGGGGUGACAGUGCUGCGUUCGUAUGACACCAUGGCAGCCACGGCCAGAAGGCAGGCGGAGGGGACCCUGGUAUACGUCCUGGACCAGACCGAUCUUUACCUCAGGGUCAGGGACGGUGUCAGGCAAAUACAGCUGGGAGGCUACAUCCCUCUGCCCCCUGAUCAGGGUAACGAGGUAGCUGCUGUGGAGCCCCCCCCUGUGGUCCACUACGCCCCAGACCCGCCCCCACACUCUGGGACACACCCCUCCUACGGUGGACGGGCCACUGAGGGCCCCCUCAGAGAGGGACAGGGCCAGUUCCCGGUGCUACCCGACCCACGGUACCCCAACCCCAAAAACCCAGAGACAGGAUACCCAGAGACAGGAUACCCAGAGAGAGGGUACCCUUCACAACCGGACACUAGAUACCCAUCCCAGCCAGACCCAAGGCACCCCUCCCAUGCAGACCCCAGGUACCCUUCCCCCACUGACCCACGCUAUCCUAGCUACUCGGACCGGUACCAUACGGACAGCAGGCAGCCAGCCCAACCUGCUCAGCCCGAAUCCCCCCAAUACCCUCCACGCUAUCCAGUGACACCCCCAAAGAGACGCCCCGAGCCCCAUACCCCCAUCCACGACCACACCGCUGGGCAGGCACUUCAUCUUAUGGCCCUAAAUGCCCCCCAAACGGGUACCAUGAGGGGCAUUCGUGGGGCAGACUUCCUGUGCUUCAACCAGGCACGGGCAAUAGGCAUGAAAGGAACGUUCCGAGCUUUCCUGUCGUCCAGAUUGCAGGACCUACACAGCAUUGUCCGUGUGUCGGACCGCGACCGCAUACCCAUAGUGAACCUCAAGGACGAGGUGCUGUUUGACAGCUGGGAGGCCAUCUUCAGUGAUGUGGGAGUGAAAGACAAUGUGCCUAUAUACUCCUUCGAUGGCAGGGACAUCCUCAAGGACAACGCCUGGCCUGAGAAGAUGUUGUGGCACGGCUCGACCAGCGGGGGUCGCCAUCAGGUGGACAACUACUGUGAGGCAUGGCGCGUGGGCGAGCAGGCUCUGACGGGCAUGGCCUCCUCGCUGUGGGAUGGCGGCCAUCUUCUCCAGCAGAGCCCCAGUAGCUGUGCCAACUCCUACGCCGUGCUCUGCAUUGAGAAUAGCUACACCGGGCCCUCCAAGAGAUAGGCCUGGAACACACACACACACGCACUCCACCACACAUGCACGCACACACUCCACCACACACACACAGAAACACACACACACUCACAGCGAGCCAGGAAAUAUAUACACACACACACACACACAGAGAGGCAGGUGUGCAUACACACACCGCCACACACACAGGUGUACAUACUGUACGUGCACUGACAAUCUCACAUACAAACCUCGCAAACAUUUCCAUUUUUCAGUCUGUUAAUUAUAAAUAGUUACUCCAUUGACAUGUCAAAGGCUAAAAUACAUUUACACACACAUUAACACACCGCGUAUGGUGCUUUGUAAAUAGAACAAUAGUAUCUUACAGUUUUUACCUCCUUCUGUGUACUGUACUGUACUGUACACUUACUCACGUUCAUCUUCCAGAUGAGCUGUUUUAGCCACAGACUAGGUUACCAGUGAAUCAAUGACCAGGAUCCAACCCAGGACCCAGUAAGUGCCCCACACUGAGUUGAUGAGGUGAAAUAUAUCACAUUCUGUCCCCCAGCUGGCCAAACUGGGUCAUGUGAACCCAUCACCUCUUGCUUGGUUGCUCUGGGUCUGGAUAAGAAAGAAGCAGAUGGGGAUUGACCUCCUAACCAUCUGGAUUUGGUCUUGUCCUCUCUCUUGGCUCACUCACUACAGCUGACCAAACAGUCCUAACACAAACACACAGGCAUGCAAGUAGUGACAUAAACAACCAUGCAAACUCCCUCAGACAAAGAAGCAAAUGCACAGAAACGCAUACAAUCAGACCGACAGACAGAUCUAAACCACCAGAUGCAUUCCAUCUUUAAUGCCCCAGAUGAGUAACAUAAGAAAAUAUAGUUGAAAUUUAAACGUUAUAAACAGUUGGUUUAAAAGCUUGUCAGUUAAUUUAAAGUUAGAUGAGUUUUAAGUUAGAUGUUUUAUAGAGCAUUGUCUCAUCAACAAGCCAGUCUGGCCUUUGAAACAUAGAACUGACCAAUGUCAUUCCAGUCAUUUAGGCACAUAACUGUACUUCCAUUCCAGCCAAGCCAAACAUUGCAGUAUUGUAUAUUAACUGUUUCGUUCAUUAUCCACUGUUGUAUUUUUGUAUCAUUGUCUUGUCAUCUGUACAUUUAACCAAUUUUAGCACUGUUGUUAGUCUUAACCUUGACUGAUAUGUAUUUUACUUUUGUAUUUUGCUACUGGACAUUCAAGGGAAGUGGAUAUUUCCAAUAAUGUUUUGAUAACAAUGGAAUAUUUAUUUUUGAUUGACACAAAAUUCGUUUUAAUCACCAUGCUUGAAUAGAAACCAUGAAUAAAGCAGCCUCCAUAGAGACAUAACA